AGCACUGGGCGUCAUGGCGACGCAUGACGCAGGCGCAGUCAGUCAUAUCGCCUGUACUGAUAGAAAAAAACAAUAAUUUAGUGUUUAUUGCAAAACUACCACCAUUUUGCAUCGAGUAAAGAGUUUUUCUGCACUAUCAAAAUCGGCGCGAUCGAUUAAUGAACUCAAAUUGAUAAAAGAUCGGUUGAUUUUAAGAAAAAAAUUGUAAAAAAUUCGUCCAUUAUGAGUUUUUUAACAAUCACUCGUCAAUUAAGAAUCGCGGUAUUUUUUUAGUGACAGCUGCGUAACGAGCACAUCGCGCGGCAUUUUUUGAUAUAUCACUCUUUAAGGUUCCUGAUAUAAGCUUAGUAGGAUCCGAAGUGAGGUGCCACCUAAUUAAGUUGAUCAGGGAAAAUCGUCAGACCUAGCGCCGAUCAGACUGCCUGAUUGACAUUUCUCAUCGGGAAGUCCGCGGUUACAUUUAUUGAGUAUCACUUCGCUAGAAUAGAAAAAUUACGUUUAAACUCUCAAGAAUCUUCCUUAAAUGGAUAAACAAAUGUCGGCUGGACAGGCAACGUCAUCUCAAACCGAGACUGUUGUGGAUGGAGGAACACAGAAUGCUCCUACUGUCAGAUUACGUCUUCGAAAACCACGCUCAGAUAAGAAAGUACAAUGGACACAAGGAACUGUUGAUAACGAACAUUUAAAUAAGAAGAAAUCAAAAUGCUGCUGCAUAUAUGAGAAGCCCAAAAACUUUGGAGAAAGCAGUUCCGAAGACAGUGAAGACGAAUGUGAACACUGUCAUGGAAGUAAAAAGGGCCACAAAAAGUCUGAACCCACCAAUAAAGAUGAACCACCUGGUGAGAGCAUUCCAUCUGGUCCAGAACCAAUAGCGACUGGUGGAUCAGCUUGAAGAUUUCGUGGAUUUAAUGAUUUAAUCCCUUAUAAUAAUUGACGAAGCGCGAAUCGUGUGUCAAAUGUAAAGUCAUAACUAAGCGAUAUAUCUGACUGUGAUUUUGUUAUUUAUAUUUAUCUACAUAAAUGUUUCAAUUUUUUAAUAGUUAUAUGAAGAUGAUGAAAUCAAAUUUAUCAACUACUAAUAAAGCAAAUACGUUUUCGUCCAUUCAACUUCAAUUUAAUAUAAAGUUUUAAAUAUUGUUUAAAAAAAAACUAUCUUUGUAAUCAUAACAAUAAUAAUAAUAAUAAUAGUAAUAAUAAUAAUACGUAGAAACAAUGUAAGUAAAUCGUUACAUGCUAAUAAAACUUAAACUAAAAAAGUUCAAUGGUUCAUCAAAAACAUAACGUAGAAAAUAAUUUAAACCUACUAUUUUUCCAGUUUUUAAUAUUUCAAUCAAUAUUUGCUUCUAUCAGUUUAAAUCUAUCUGUUGUACAAAAGUUAAUAUAAGUCUUUACGAACAAAUGAAAAGCAUUAAUAAAUUGUACAAGUUUGCAAAAAUAUGAAGUAUAUUAUUAGGAAAACAUAAAAGUUACACAUCUUACAAUAUUCUCCCCAAAACUAAAUAUUUAUAAUAUCCGCAACUCAUAUAAAUAACAUUCCAACAAUAGAUUUUAAUUUACUACACUUUUAAAAAUGAACAAGCAUUUUGAAAGUAUAAG